AUGGAAACGGGGAGGUCUCUUGAGCCUCCAGGAGGAACAGGAAAAGCCAGACGUCAGAUCAACCAGCUUCCUGAUUUGCUACAUUUUCUCGUCCAAUCGCAUCCAUGGGACCCCCAGGUCUGCCCGCCUCCUCUGAACAGUAGCCAAUCGGUGAUCAGUGGUUUCGAGAAAUCUCCAAUCAGCGGGUUCAAACCCAGCCACUCUCGUAACGGCAGCACCGGCUCCUCCAGACACACCAAGCAGACUCGUGACUGGGAGGUGUUGGAUGAUCUUCAGCAGACCACCAUGUCGGUGGCUGCCGGCUCCUCUCUGGACCUCAGCAUCCCUGGGAUCUGUGAGGGAUACCUGAUGAAGGGACGGAAGUACCCUCUGAAGGGCUGGCACAAGAGGUACUUCCUGUUGGAAAAAGGAAUCCUCAAGUAUGCCAAGACUCAUCAGGACAUCCAGAGAGGGAAGCUCCACGGUUCCCUGGACGUCAGCCGUGCCGUCCUGUCCGUCAACAGAAGCGAACGCCUCGACCUGGACGCCGGCGACGACCUUUACCACAUGAAGGCCAAGAGCCACGAGCUCUUCUACAUCUGGCUGACCAAGCUGUGCGCUCACCGCAUCUUCAAGAAGAACGAGGCCAUGAGCGUCCACCGCGGGGUCCUGCACGCCCUCUCCCAAGGCCAGGGGAACCUGCCCUCCAUGGCCAGCCUGGCUCACAGGAACGCGCAGUACACCAGCUCCGUGUCGGCCUACCAGGCCGCCCCGGGGGAGGACGGGACCCCCGGGGACCGAGGGACCCCUACUGAGCCCUCCACCGCGGGGUCAACAACAAGGUCUCGGCCUGGCUCCAGCAGACCGACGACACGGACACCACCUCCCAGGCGACCGUUCAUGUGCACUUGUGAAACAGCCGAGCUGGCGCGGUGCCAGCUGGAGCUGGUGGAGAUGGAGGCUUUGGUCCAGCGACUCCAUUGGCUGGAGGGAGGCCCUAACCCUAACCCAAUCACAGACACUGACCUGGAGCAGCGAAUAAGCAUGCAGAACCUAUCCCUGGAGAAACCCAAGAAGAAGUCGGGCAAGGUGUUCGGCCACUCCAGGACCCUGUCCCGCGUGGAGGCCAUGGGCGGCAUGUUCACCUCCAGCCACCUGAGCAGCAACAACUCGGUCAGCCAGCGUCACCUUGGGGCGUCACUGCAGUCCAUCCCCGACUACGUGUACACCCAGCUGUCCAACCCCCAGGUCACCUCCCCCGAGGCCAAGAAGAUCCAGCAGGACAUCUGCGUGGCGUCCCAACGAGUGCAUGCGUCUCUGAAGUCGGUCCAUGAGGUGUUGACGUUGGAGAGGGAGAGACUUAGAAAUGCCUGGAACGCCCCCGACCUCAAACAAAACACUAGCCACCAGCUAGCCACCCUUUGUAGCACGCUGUCGGAGCUCGAUGUGCAGUCUCGCUUGACCAAAGUUCACUCGCUCUCGCUCUCCUCCUCCGAUUCCACCGAGGAGUCCUUCUGCACCGUCCGGCCUGACCAGCGGACCCCGUCCCGUCGGCGCCCCCCCUCGGUGGCGGACUCCAUGGCGGAGUACUUCGACGCCAGCGAGGUCAUCCUGUGCGACAGCUCGUCGGAGGCGGAGGCGUCGGACGAGUCGGGGCUGAGCGACAUCACCACCACCAGCACCUCGGAGCCCGACGAGGGCCACGCCUCCGCCACGGUGAAGUACCGUGCCAGCGUCUCCAGCGCGCCGGACAAGCCCCGCCUCCUCACCGACAGCGGACGCCGUAAGAUCCUUCCCGCGUCCUGCACUGACAACGGCCACAUCGGCAUCAUGACCAUCCUAUACAACAACAUCGGGAAGGACCUGUCCCGCGUGUCGAUGCCGGCGGCGCUCAACGAGCCGCUCAGCCUCCUACAGCGGCUCAGCGAGGAGCUGGAGUAUAGCGCGCUGCUGGACACGGCCAACAGCACCGACGACCCCUACCAGCGCAUGGUGUACCUGGCAACGUUCUCCAUCUCCGGCUACGCCUGGGCCUCCUGGAGGAGCCGCUACAAGCCCUUCAACCCUGUCCUUGGGGAGACGUACGAGAACAACCGGCCAGACCGCGGCUUCAGAUAUGUCGGCGAACAGGUCAGUCAUCACCCUCCAGUCUCCGCCUGCCACGCCGACUCUGAGAACUUCUCCUUCUGGCAAGAUCAGAGAUGGAAGUACAAGUUCUGGGGGAAGUCUGCUGAGAUCAUCUCCUCAGGCCAGGUCAACGUGUCUCUGCCCAGGUACGGGGACCACUAUGAGUGGAACAAGGCAGUGACCUGUAUCCACAACGUGCUGAGCCCCCAGCGCUGGCUGGAGCACUACGGAGACGUGGUGAUCAAGAACACCCAGAGCGACGUCUGCACCUGCAAGAUCACCUUCGUCAAGUCGCGCUACUGGAGCUCUGACAGCAGUAAGAACGAGGUGCAGGGAGUGGUGCUGGACCGUGCCGGGGAGGUGGUGCAUCGCUUCGGGGGGCUCUGGCACGAGGGCAUCUUCUGCGACACCUUCCCCACCCCACAAUGCAUCUGGAAGCCCACCGUGCAGCUAGAUGACCACGUCAAGUUUUACGGGUUCUCGCAAUACGCCCGCGAGCUCAACGAGUUGACCCCCGACCUGGAAGGGCUCCUGCCCCCCACGGACUCCCGCUACCGACCCGACCAGCGGCUGCUGGAGGAGGGCGACGUGGCGGCGGUGGACGUGCGUAAGGACGAGGUGGAGGAGAAGCAGCGUGAGCGCAGGAAGGAGCUGGUGAAGCAGGGGGAGGAGCACAUGCCGCGCUUCUUCAGGCGGACGGUGGACGAGGCCGGGCGCGAGGUGUGGAUUCACAACGGAACCUACUGGAACCUCCGCAGCAAGCCGGGCUUCGCCAACACGCCCAACCCGGACCUCUGGUAGAACCCGGAGAACGGUUGGCAGGCUUCCCCAGGGCGGUCUCGGGGUCCAUUUUAUAUAAAUGGGGUUUUACUAGAGACUCCCUCAGACCACUGCCAGGGGUCGUAGGUCAGACUUCAGCCCGGAGGUCUGAGCAGAGGUGUGUUCCACACCAUGAACUCUGAGCUCCGCCCGAAGGAGUGUGGUGUUCAGGUGUUUCCUCGGCGUGAUAACGUGUAUCUUAUCUUUCGUCUCAAAUGUAUUUCUAGUGUUUCAGGGUAGAGAGCGGGACGGGGUCUAUCUGAGGGGCUGUACAAUAGGGUUUCGUGGGUGCUGUCCUGCAGGGUUUGGUGGGUCUUGCGGUGUGUUUGAGGCCCUAGGGGGGGGGGGGGUUCCAGGGGGGAGGAGGUGAUGGGUCCAUGACGACCUCCUGUUGGGGUCCGAGUAGUCUGGAUGCCCCCCUGCUGGGAGCCCGGGGUCUACUCAUGUUUCAUAAUGAAAAGAGACUCUAGGAUGUACUGUAAUGUCGUGUUUUCAAAUAAACUGAGAAAUCUACACUCUGCUUCUUUACCCUGUGUCAGGAUGGACAGUGGUACUACACUUGUGCAGUGAUACUACAGUGAUUGUACACUAGUGCAGUGGAAGAACCUUAUGCCCCUUUUCCACCGGCGGGUACGCUUCGGACCCAGCACGCCUCAGCCCAGUAGUGAGGGCGCGGUAAAGCCCAGCUCAGUUACGGCUCGCGUUUCCACCGCCGACAGUACCCUUAUGGUAAGUGGGGUAUCGGGGAUGACGAUAGCCGCGGCAGUUAUGUAGGCAUCGUGACCUCAUGGCAGCCCGACAUAGUGUAGCCUGCUAAUCAAUCCAAGGAAAAAGAAUGCGUCACAAAUUAGAGCCUCAAUGUAGGACGUCAGACUUUUCUUCAAUAAACGAAGCUUUCGCUGUUGUACAGAAA